CUCCGCUGACACCGGGGGCUGAAGACCGAAGCACCAACACACCGACUGACCGGGCGCCCCUGAGUUUCAUCGACUUACUUUGCCGGAAGAUGAUGGCUCAGUGCUGGACGAUUUGGACCGGGAUCCUCGUCCUCCUGACUGCCUGUCUUCCAGUUGAUGUCCAGUCUUUAAGCCACCUGAGCUUCAAUUUAUGCAGGUGGUGUGAGGUAUCCACGCCGGUGUGCGAAGGCAACAUAUGCUCCAGCAACUGCAACUUGAGCUCUUUCUGUAACACAACUGAAGAGAUCUGCAUGGCCAUAUGGAGGAAGGCAAACAACACAAUGACAGUGUACACAAUGUGUCACCACCCAAAUCUGCCACUGGAUGGUAUCAGUCCUGACCUGCUGCAGACCUUCACUUCCAGGGAGUGUCGUAUGGUCCCACAGGCUGCAAAUGACUCCAUGAUGGUCUGUGGAUGCCAGGGUGAACAUGAAUGUAACGACAAACUUGUCUUCGACAAGGGAGCAAAUGGAUUCUUACCGCUCCAAAGUAAGGAUGUGAUCCCUGUGGUAGUGGUUAGUUUGGUGCCCCCUAUUCUGGUGGCCAUAGUUGCCAUUGCUGCCUUCUAUUUCUACCGCAUACGUCGUCCUGACAAACCAGCUCCAUCGGUAUGCCCUGACUGGCCCACUAAACGCACCCCUGAGCUUUACCAGGCCUUGGAUCUACCAUGUGGGGGCCUGGGUGCUCAGGGAGAAGGUGGAGGAGGAGGUGUGACUGAUGCUGAACAGGAUGAGUCGAACACCAAGGUUCAACCUCUUAACAGUGACACUGUCAGCGGUAUGACCAAUUGGCAGGGCCAGCCAGCUGAACUGCUGCCUAUCAAACUGGAUGUGCUGGUGGGGAAGGGGCGCUUUGCCGAAGUGUGGAGGGGAUGGCUGCUCCAGGGCGAGAAAGGUGGAGUUAAUAGCUAUGAAACUGUGGCGGUGAAGGUGUUUCCAGAUGUGGAGUACGCCUCAUGGAGAAAUGAAUGCUCCAUCUUUGCUGACCCUGAGCUACAGCACGAUAACGUGAUUCAGUUCCUAGCAGCUGAGGAAAGGGGCCUGUCGGGCCACACCCCACACACCUACUGGCUGGUUUUAGCCUAUCACAGCCUAGGAAAUCUGCAGGACUUCCUCACAGCUAACAUAUUGAGCUGGGAAGAACUUGUUGCCAUGGCAGGCAGCAUUGCUAAAGGAUUAGCUCACCUUCAUAGUGACACAACACCCAGUGGGCUACCAAAGGUGCCAGUGGCCCAUCGGGACCUCAAGAGCAGUAACAUCCUGGUAAAGAGCAGGAAAGAGUGCUCACUGUGUGACUUUGGUCUGGCUUUAAGACUGGACCUGUCCCUUACAGUUGAUGACUAUGCCAACAGUGGACAGGUGGGGACAGCUCGCUACAUGGCUCCUGAGGUCCUUGAGUCCAGGGUGAACCUGGAGGAUCUCGAGGCCUUUAAACAGAUGGAUGUUUAUUCCAUGGCUCUAGUCUUGUGGGAGAUGGCCUCUCGAUGCAAUGCAAUUGGAGAGGUGAAGAGCUAUGAGCCAGCAUUUGGCUCCAAGGUUUGUGAGCAGCCCUGUGUGGACAGCAUGAGAGAUCUGGUGUUGAGAGACCGAGGACGUCCGGACAUCCCACUAGCAUGGACGCAGCACCAGGGGAUGAACAUCUUCUGUUCCACCAUCACUGAGUGCUGGGAUCACGACCCUGAGGCCAGGCUCACGGCUCACUGCGUGGUCGAGCGCUUCAGCGCCCUGGAGCAGGCGGAAGAUGAUGACAGGGUGGGAGAGGAAGAGGAAGACGAGGAAGAAGAGAGGAGAUCUCUUUUCUUCCAGAUUGAAAGGGAGGACAUGCCUGAUGGUUCACUGCUUCACACUGGUUUUCCCCCUAACGAGUCUUCAUGGUUCGCUGUGUUUGCAUUGUCGGAGAAACCCGUGUUUUUUUCUGCUAAUCUUCAAUGAGACACUUACUGAUAGAGAAGGAAUUGUUAAGUCACUAAAACUGGCAAGAAUCUAAACUACAGUUACAGUUAAAGCAGUUUUUGACUGAUAGUUAGGAUUAUCUAAUUUGCCACAAUAAGGAUAUUCAAAAAGUCAAUAUUAGCAAGAGUGGACCACUUCAUAGACAUUGCCCCAGUUUGCCCAGAUGGAAGUUUAGCUCAGUCUCAACAGAUGGGAAUGGACCACACUGGUGCAGACUGGAACAUCUCAACAUAGAGAGUGAUUUUACACAAACUUUUAAACUCACAGUCGUAUAGUCUGGAGAAUCUUUAGGUAGUGUUACCUUUCUCAAAUAAAAUGUGAAGAAAAUGAGUUUUCCCACAAGAAUAUAGAAAUAAAUAGAACAAAAUGGUCCAACAUAUAGUAUGACAAACCUUUAUAUGAACCAAAGAAUAAUUCAUUGUUGUGCAAUUUGGCUUGAACUUGUGAAAAACAAAAAAUCUAUACCAGCAACCCCAUGACUGCACUGGUGCCAUUUUAUAUUGACUUCUAGAGGGACAAUCAUAAAGAAAAGAAUGGCCCCAAAUUUCAUGUCUUUUAGACUGUACAUUUUCUGAGAUAUUUCAAGCACACCCACUUUUGGUGCCAUUUUUACCCCUUUGCUUUGAUCUGGCAGUCCGAACACAGCCGUUGUCACCCAACAGAGAGACUUUGUUUAUUACGAAUCUGUGUGUUUUCUAUUUGUUGCUUCCUGGAUGUUUCCAGCAAAAGACCAGAGGAGACAGAAAUGAACUAAAGACUGACUGUGCCUUAAACGACAGACCCACUUCUUCGCAAACUUUUGCUGAGAAUGUGACACCUGAAUCAGUCAUAGAUCUGCUGGCAGAGAUGCAGAUGCUGAACAGUUUGAAAAAGAUUUGAUUUGUUGGAGCUGGUCUCCAUUUUGUCACGGUAUUAUUCUUUUAUACUGGCUGUGACAUGUGACUUAUGAUUGCUAUACUAUAACCUACUACUGUAGGUCAUGUGACUAUAACCUACAUUUAUGAAUAAA